AUGAAUGAAAAUUCUAGACAUGCCCAUACACUUUCCGAAAGAACAACUCUCAAAAUCAACCAAAUUAUUAAUAGUCCUACACAAGUUAGCUUCCCCGUGAAGCGAGUAAUAGAGUCAAUUACAGAAAAAAGCGGUAAUAAUAGAACAUCUCAAAAUGCCAAAAGGUUUCUGCCUUUUGUUGCAGAAAGAGGAACAUUUGGUAAAUUUCUCCCAGCCCUCAACCUAAGCUCCGACACGAAGAAAAUUGAAAACACUGAUCAAUCCAUCCUAGAAGACAAAACCAAGUUAAACUCUUCUACAGCCCCUGAAAUAUUUUAGAUCAUUAUUGGCCAUCUAUUUAAUUUCCAAUAUUAAUUUGCACUUGUUAGCUUUUUUGAAAAGUAAAAGCGAAAAUGAAAAAUCUCCGUUUAUAGUUUUAAGAUGCCUAAUCAGACUUAGACUGUAUAAGGCAGGUACCCUAUACCAUAUUUUUUUCGGGUUGGUAUUCUGCUGGGUUAUAGAGAUCUAUUAUAGUGCAUAAAUUAUAAAACUGUCGUUGAAAAGCAGCAACAUUUCAAGCUUGUUUCACCAAGAGCUUACUAUCCUCCUCCUGUCGGCAUCUAUAAUAUAAACGCCGAAGUGAAUAAACACGAUAUCAGCUUUCCUAUCUCCACUUCCCCAAGACUACCUCCAGUAAAAUCCUCAAAAAGUUCAACAGACUUCAUUGAUUGAGACAAAGCCUACACAUUUAAAGACAAACACUCCGUUUUAUAUGACAUGAAAAGGGUGACAGGAAGAGAAAAGCACUACGUGAAUAAUAGCCAUAGAGAUGCUAUGAGCUUAAUUAGUGCAAAACUGCCUGACAAAAUGCCAAAUCAAUAUGGGCUGCUUGCUGAUGUUGAUGUGCAUGGAUACAUGAGUGAAAUCAGCCAUAUUGAAAAAGAUGUGAGAGAUAGGCUUAAAGAUAUUAAAAAAGCUCAUAAAAAUUUAGUAAAAACCAUGCUAAUUUAA